AUGGUUGCUUGCAGAUACCGGAUCUACACUACUUCCAACAACAGGAGCAUGAGCCCUGCCACGGAGUCGGCAGCGUCAACACAAUCAGAACAUAGUACUACAGAUAUCGGAUCUGGGGCACUUCCAACAAGUUGGAGCAUGAGCCCUGCCACAGAGUCGGCAGCGUCAGCAAGAGAAAAUGGUUGCUUGCAGAUACCGGAUCUACACUACUUCCAACAACAGGAGCAUGAGCCCUGCCACGGAGUCGGCAGCGUCAACACAAUCAGAACAUGGUACUACAGUGGGCCAAUUGCAGAUAUGCGAUCUGGGGCACUUCCAACAACUUGGAGCAUGAGCCCUGCCACAGAGUCGGCAGCGUCAACACAAUUUGAGCAGAGCGCAACAAAUACCGGAUCUACACUACUUCCAACAACCAGGGGCAUGAGCUCUGCCACGGAGUCGGCAACGUCAACCAAAGAAGCUAUGGGAUCCAGGCUACUUCCAACAACUAGGAACAUGAGCUCUGCCACAGAGACCGCUGCGUCAGCACAAUUUGAGCAGAGCGCAACAAGUUAG